AUAAAUGUAAACAACUUUUGCAGAAAAUUGUUUAUUUUUGUUAAAAUAAUGAGCAAAGAAAUGAGUGAAAAUAAGCCAGCAGAUCCACAAGCACCCGUAACGCGUAAAGGUUUCCUAAUAUCCAUAAAAACGGGAGACCCAACUGAGAUAAAGGAAAGAGAUGUGCAUGGACGCUGUCGUGCUGUUACCGAAUUUGAGAAACUUAAUCGCAUUGGCGAAGGCACUUAUGGUAUCGUUUAUCGUGCCCGUGAUACACGCACCAAUGAAAUUGUGGCCUUGAAAAAGGUACGCAUGGAUCAAGAAAAAGAUGGUUUGCCUGUAAGUGGUUUAAGAGAAAUAACCAUCUUGAAGUCUUGUAAACAUGAAAAUAUUGUAAAUUUAAUAGAUGUGGUGGUGGGUAAGAGUUUAGAAAGCAUUUUCUUAGUUAUGGAAUACUGUGAGCAGGAUCUAGCAUCACUUUUGGAUAAUAUGUCUCAACCUUUCUCGGAGUCAGAAGUAAAAUGUAUUAUACUACAAGUAUUACAGGGACUAAAAUACAUGCAUUCUCGCUAUAUUAUACAUCGCGACCUAAAGGUAUCCAAUUUGUUAAUGACCGAUAAGGGAUGCGUUAAAAUAGCUGAUUUUGGUUUGGCACGUUUAUUUGGCUUGCCUUCCGGCCCCAUGACUCCCCAGGUUGUUACCUUAUGGUAUCGUUCUCCAGAACUUUUACUGGGCUCUCCCACACAAACCACCGCUGUAGAUAUGUGGGCAGUGGGUUGCAUAUUAGGCGAGCUACUCUCACACAAACCUUUACUACCCGGUAAUACCGAAAUAGCUCAAUUAGAACUUAUAAUCGAUUUAUUAGGCACUCCUUCCGAAGCCAUUUGGCCAGAUUUGGCAAAAAUGCCAGCUUUGCAAAAUUUCACCUUAAAACAACAUCCCUAUAAUAAUUUAAAGCAAAAAUUCCAAUAUCUAUCGCCGGCGGGUUUGAGAUUACUAAAUUUUCUCUUCAUGUAUGAUCCCAAGAAAAGGGCAACGGCCGAGGAAUGUCUGCACAGUAGUUAUUUUAAGGAGCCACCAUUGCCAUGUGAUCCCAAAUUGAUGCCUACAUUUCCACAACAUCGUAACAUGCAAGGCAACCACAAUAAAGUGGCCGUUGGUAGUCAUCUUCAUAAUCAGUCUGUACCCGAAUUACCCGCUAUAUCUGACUUAUUGGGAAGUCUUUUAAAGAAAAGAAGAGCAGAUUGAAUCAAAUGAAUAAAUAUAUUUAAUUUUUUUUAAUAAAGUAUAUUAGUUUUAAAACCA